AUGGUUGUGAUGGAGGAAAUCGUGGGACGCGCUGACGGACGCCCGCGAGAAGAAAACUCUGACAAGAGGCAGCAGCCCACCACAUGUGGAGCAAUAUUGACACAGUUGAGCAAUGUUCUUUGCAAUGGGAGCGAAGAUCCUGCCAUCAACGGCAAAGGGAAGGAGGUAGUGGAGGAGGCAGCCAGGUUGGUGAGGGAGUUGAAGGUCAAACUGGGGGAGGUGAUGCUGGCCAAGGUGGAAGACGCGACCGUGGCGACACGCGCACAACGCCAACCCGAAGGAGUGAAAGAAGCCAAACUGUCAUCAUGGGCCAAGGUCGCAGGACAGGGAAUUCCAGAAAAACCAGUGCCUAACCGAACCCUCCGCGAGAUUACUGUCCUACGCCGGGACUGCGAAGCCCUCCCAGCUGAGGAGGCCACCCCCCCAGCGAUUGUGGCAGCCGUCAACGCCAGAAUUGUGGAUGUGACAAAGGGAAAGGUGCUUGCAGCAAGAUGUCUCCCCAGUGGAGACAUCAUCCUGACAACCGACGCGAGGGAGACCAGGGAGGCCUUGACUAAGAGCAGCACAUGGCUGGAAGUCUUGGGACAAAAGGCGAAGGCAAAGCACACCCUGUACCCAGUCAUGGUUAAGGGAGUCCCAAUGGGCAACACCAACUGGAAGGAGGAACAGCAAGCCAUCAAGGCAAUUUACGCACAGAAUGAAGGACUCCGAAGAGGGGUACAAAUUGAGAGACUGUCUCUACGACGGAAUGCCAGCUUGCAGGCAAAGGUUGGGUCUCUUGUACUCAGCGUCACCUCGCCUCAGCAAGCCAACCUACUAGUAGACAAUGGAUUGAUAAUAGACAGCAUAUUUUGUGACGUUGAAAUCUUCCACCGGGAAGCGCAGGUCACCCGGUGCUUUAACUGCCAUGAGUAUGGGCAUACGGCCAGAUUCUGCAGGCAGGCCAAAAGGUGCGGGUUCUGCGCGGCAAAAGAACAUGACGACAAGGAAUGCCCAGCACGAAAAGCUGGGGAACAACCGAGCACCACAGAGCUCACAACCUGGGUCUCAGCUGCAGGAGGACCUAAUGGACUACACGCAGACCCCAGCCCCCACGCAACAAUGAGGGACACACUAAACCUCCUACAAUAUAACGUGCACAACUCUGCGAGAGUUAUGGUCAAUGUGUAUGCACCUCCUCCAGGGGGCUACAGCAGUGAACCGGAGGAAUCCCCCAUAGGCCAGCUGCAGGAGGUAGCCGGAAUGGGCACAGAUGCAGAGCUGGUCAUAUUAGGAGAUCUUAAUGUCCACCAUGAGAGGUGGGGAGGGGUGAGAGUGGAGAGAAACUUCCGCAUGGCAUGGCAGCUAAUAGCACAGGUGGAUAGGCUGGGUCUCCAGCUUGCCACACCUGUAGGGGCUACCACAUGGCAGGACAGAGGCAGCCCAGGGACGACUAUAGACCUCACCUUUCUAUCACCACUCCUGCACGACAAGCUCAGGAGGUGUGCAAUAGCGGAGGAGGCAUGCAAAGGAUCUGACCAUAAGCCCAUGGAAACAACACUGGAACUCACACCCAUCCCAAAGGAGGCUGAGAGACGAAACUGGAAGAAUGCGGAGCCUGAGGAGGUAGCAAGGGACUGCCAAAAGCUAUAUGUGCCACAAAGCCUGGACUCCAGGCAAGCAGUCAAGGAGUAUGCAGACUACCUGGUAGGAUUUGUAGGGACAUUAGCGGACAAACACGCCACCGUAAUGGAGGAGUACAAGCAAGCUAGGAGGUCCCAGCUCCCAGAAAUGGAGCGGCUCAGGGCACGCUGCAGGCGCAACAGAGAAAUCCACUUGGCUAAGACAGCAAACUUCAGAGAUCUGGUUGACAGGACCCGUGAUGACCCCAGAUUGAUGUGGGGACUAGCAAAAUGGGGCAAGGAAAGAAGCCAUCUGCCCCCACAGGCACCUACUGUCCCCCCCCUGAGAACAGGGGAAGGGGCUGACGCGACGGUAGAAACCUCUUUUGAGGGGAAGGCUGAGGCAUUACGACAACGGUUCUUCCCACAGCCAGAGCCCGCCGACUUAAGUGACACCAAUAUGGAGCUGCUGCAAGCUGAAAGGGAAGCGUCAAAUGACACCAUCAGUGUGGAGGACAUGGAAAGCCUGAUCCAGAGACUGCCAAACAGGAAGGCACCAGGGAGGAGUGGGAUCACCAACGAGUUCCUUAAGAUGCUGGGCAGAACAUUUGUGGAGGCCAUAACAGCUCUCACCAAUGCAUGCUGGCAUUGGGAGACUUACCCAGACACGUUUAAGGAAGCCAAGACAGUGGCCUUGCGCAAGCCAGGGAAGGCUGACUACCAGACUGCAGGAGCGUGGAGACCCAUUGCCUUGCUGGACACAAUAGGGAAGAUUGUGGAGGCAGCAACUGCAAAACGCCUGCGGAAGAUCGCGGAGGACCACAACCUGCUACCCUCACAGCAAAUGGGGGCAAGAAGGGGCAGGUCCACUGAAACAGCCAUAGCACAACUUCUAGCCCAGAUAAGGACAGUGUGGCAGCACCCGGGACAGGUGGCAUCGGUACUCUCCCUAGACAUGACAGGGGCCUAUGACAAGGUGCUGCGGGAGCGAAUGGUUCACAUCCUCCGGCGACUGGGCAUCCCCAGGGACCUGGUGGGAUGGGUUGCGUCCUUCAUGACCAACAGGAAAUCCACAAUUGCCUUUGAGGGCCAGGAAUCAGACACCUUUGACAUCCCAGCAGGCAUCCCGCAGGGGUCACCCCUAUCACCUAUACUAUUCCUAUUCUACAAUGAGGAACUGGUGCGCAUCUGCUCAAGACCGGGGCGCCCGGUGGUGUGCAUAGCCUUUGUAGACGAUGUCAACGUGAUGGCCUAUGGCCAGUCCACUGAGGACAACUGCAGGGAGCUCCUGCGCAUGCAUCGGGCAUGCGAGGAGUGGGCAGCACGGCACGGAGCGGUCUUUGCCCCCCAGAAGCUGAGCUGA